CCCAACAUUCACCAGGUGGUGGAAGUAGAGGUGGAGCUAACCACUAGCCACCUGGGAUUCUUCGAGUUCCGUCUGUGUGUGAACAACGCCCCGGACAAGUACAUAGAACAGGAGUGCCUGGACCAGCACCUCCUCCAGCUUGCUGAUGGCACUGGCACUCGCUUCCCCAUACCAUACUUAUUGGAUGCCGUCAACCUGACGAUUCCUGUUAUCCUGCCGGAGGACCUGACGUGUACACAGUGUGUGUUCCAGUGGCACUACAACUGUGGUAAUAAGUCGGGUGACUGUGGCAACGGGACGGAGGCCAUAGGGUGUGGACCCCAGGAGUGGUUCAGAGGUUGUGCUGACGUCUCAGUCUCCUAG